UACACAUUCACUACUCAUAUACUAGAGAAUCCAACAAAACCAUUAUCACAUUAUCAAAAUAACCAUACAUCUUAUCUUUAAGAGUUAUUAUGUCUCAAUCUCUAGUAUUCAAAGUAAAGAGGCAUGAGCCAGAAUUAGUAAAACCAUCAAAACCCACACCAAAUGAAACAAAACUUCUGUCAGACAUAGAUGACCAAGAUGGGUUACGUUUUCAAAUUCCAGUUGUACAAUUUUAUAACUAUGAUCCAAAUAUGAAAGGGAAAGACCCUGUUGAUGUAAUUAGAAAAGCUUUGGCAAAAACACUUGUGUUUUAUUAUCCAUUUGCUGGUAGAUUGAGGGAAGGUAAUGAUAGAAAGCUUAUGGUUGAUUGUAAUGGUGAAGGUGUUUUGUUUAUUGAAGCUGAUGCUGAUGUUAGUGUUGAAGAAUUUGGUGGUCAACUUCAACCUCCUUUUCCUUGUUGGGAUCAACUUCUCUUUGAUGUUCCUGGUUCUUCUCAAGUUAUUAAUACUCCUCUGCUUCUUAUUCAGGUAACACGUCUUAAGUGUGGUGGUUUCAUUUUUGCUCUUCGUCUAAACCACACAAUGAGCGACGCAGCAGGUUUGGUUCAAUUCAUGAAUGCGUUAGGAGAAAUAUCUCGUGGCAUGAACGAACCUUCAAUUCCACCAGUGUGGUAUAGAGAGCUUUUGAAUGCAAGGGACCCACCAAGAGUGACGUGUACUCAUCGCGAAUACGAACAAAUACCCGACACUAAAGGAACCAUCAUCUCCUUAGAUGACAUGGACCACCGCUCUUUCUUCUUCGGUCCCACCGAGGUAGCGGCAAUUCGCGCUCUCCUUCCACCUCACCAACAACAACAACAUCAACACUCCAAUUUCGAGAUCCUCACGGCAUGUCUCUGGCGUUGUCGAACAAUCGCGUUGCAACCAGACACAGACGAGGAAGUUCGCAUAAUCUGCAUCGUCAACGCGCGUGGCAAGUUUAAUCCUCCGUUACCUAACGGUUUUUACGGUAACGCUUUUGCGUUUCCCGUUGCAGUUACAACUGCUGGGAAACUAAUUGAAAAUCCGUUGGGGUAUGCAUUGGAGUUAGUUAGGAAAGCAAAAGCUGAUGUCACUGAAGAAUAUAUGCAUUCAAUUGCAGAUUUAAUGGUUACAAACGGUCGACCACAUUUUACUGUGGUGAGAUCGUAUCUUGUGUCGGAUGUGACACGUGCUGGUUUUGGAGAGGUGGAGUUUGGUUGGGGGAAAGCUGUUUAUGGUGGGCCAGCUAAAGGAGGAGUUGGUGCUAUUCCUGGUGUUGCUAGCUUUUACAUACCUUUUAAAAAUGAUAAAGGAGAGGAAGGUUUGGUUAUACCGGUUUGUUUGCCAACUCAAGCAAUGGAGAGGUUUGUUAAAGAGUUGGAUCAUGUGCUCAACAACAACAACAUUAACCAAACUAUUAAGGGUGGUCUAAAAUCUGGUUUUAUUAUUUCUUCCUUGUAGACUUAAAAAAAAAAUGUUUGUUUGAAUUUUCUUUGUAUCCAAAACUAAAUGAAUUGCAUACUAGUUAUUAAGUUUGGUGUGAGAAUAUAUAUAGCAUGUUGCAAGAGAAGAAUCCGGAUGAUCAAGUUAAGUUAAUCAUUCUUCAAAAAAUUUAGGUUAUUGGCUUUUA